GAGAGAGAGUGUACUUGUUCUUGAACUUUGUGAGGACCAACAAACUUAUAAAGACCAAAUGCCUUUUUGCCUUAUUUUAACCACUGGUAUUUGUUGCCAAAAAUCACAUAUUUACAUCUAACUGAAUUAAUUUGACCUUGGGAAUAUCACAGUUUAUCUGCCUGUGCAUUAAAAGUAUUUACAGUCCCGUCCACGGGAGGAUAAACACCCCAACAUAAUUAAUGUCCACAUCUUGGCUCUUGUUUUGACCUCACGCGCAGUAUCAUCACAUGAUCAAACGCUCACGCUUCCAGCCUCCACCUCUCCUCCUGCCCACCUGUCUCUCUGCCUCUCUGUCUGCACGCCACUUUCUUUUCUUUCUUUUCUUUUUUUGCAUCAGAGUGGGAUGCGGGAUUUCUCUGAGGAUGUCAUGCGUGCUGCUACUGUAGCGGUUGCAUGCGCAUGCAUUUCUUUGAGCUCAGGAAAUGAUGGGUCCCUGUCUACUGGAGGCUGUUUGGAUGGAGAGGAUGUUUUGAUAUUUUAACAGAGGGAGAACGUGGACUGGACGUUGCUGCAGUUGUUUUCUGAACGUUUUCAGUGGAAUGGGCCUCAAACACGUCAAGUAUCUGCUGCUCUGUGCGGCUGCAGUGACACUUUCUGGAGUUUGUGGUAAAGAUGGGAUCAGCGAGUCAAACAGCUGGGACCGCCAGAGGCUCCCGCUGCUGCUGAACACACACACACAGCUUUUAAAGCGCUCUUUAUUUAGAGGGCAAGAGCAGGAGGAUGAGGAGAAAGGUAGAGCUAGGACACUCUGUGGGAUUGAGUGUCAAGGCAGCCUCCCGCCUCUAGACCAGACUGAGCAAGAGAGGAUUCUAGGGUACGAGACUAUGUACGAGAACGGCACACGUACACACACGGAUGUCAGUCUGCAGGAUUUUAAUAAGUCAUAUGCAAGAACAUCAGCACACACACAGACCCACACCCGCAAGAAACGGGAGGUUUUUGGAGCAGACGGACGCUUUGUGAUCUCCGAUCCACAUUUUAUCACCAACUACCCGUUCUCCAGUGCAGUUCGCCUCUCCACAGGCUGCUCUGGAGUCCUGGUGUCCCCAAAACAUGUGCUGACUGCAGCUCAAUGCAUCCACAAUGGGAGUGAGUACCUGGAGAGCGCCAGGUGGUUGAAAGUAGGAGUACUGCAGCUGAAAACCAAAAGAAGAAAAGGAGGAGUAGGAAGGAGGAGAGGAGUAUGGCAGAGGGGUGGGAGGAGAGGUGAGGAGAAAGGAGAGGAGAAGGUAAUGGAGGAGAAAGAGGAGCAGAACAGAUUAGACGGAGAUGGAGUGAGAGGCAGGAGUGGAGUCAAAGGCAGAAGACGCCAAAGAAAAAGGGAGAAAGGUCAUGUGGGAGCUGAUGAUGGAGUUGUGGAUGAUUUUGAAAGAGGAGGGAAACAGAGGAGAUUCAACCGCGUUCGCCGCAAUAUUGGACCCAGAAACCAGCCUGUUUUCCGUUGGACACGAGUAAAACUAACCAAGCUCCCUCAAGGAUGGAUCCAGGGCAAGAGCUCCACCAACUCUGUAUCCUCUGACUAUGACUAUGCCCUUCUGGAGCUUAGACGCCCAGUCAAACAAAAGCACAUGAGGCUCGGAGUCGCUCCUUCCACCGCCGCCCUCACUCGGAUCCACUUCUCGGGCUAUGACGUUGACAAAAGCCUGCUGGACGGACGCGGAGACGAGAAGGUGGUGUACCGAUUCUGCUCCGUGGCAAAGGAGUCUGACAAUUUGAUGUACCAGCAGUGUGACGCACAGCACGGUGCCACGGGGGCCGGCAUUUACGUUCGUCUCAGACAGGAAGUGGGAGACGCGGGCAGGAAAGUGAAGUGGCAGCGGCGGGUGAUUGGGGUGUUUUCAGGUCAUCAGUGGGUGGAGAUGGGAGGAGGCCAGCUGAGGGACUUUAACGUUGCUGUGAGGAUCACGCCUCCCAAAUAUGCUCAGAUUUGUCACUGGAUCUAUGGAGAUCCAAGACUCUGUAAAGAGGUCUGAACUUAGAAAGCAAAGUUGUCACUUUAAGAGGCUCAAGGUGACUGCUCUGAAGAGUUGUCCUUGUUAGUCAGAAAGGUCUUGGUAAGAAGAAGGACUUCGAUACGUUGCUUAAAUGCUGAAAGUCUUUUAAGUCCGUUGUUUGAGUCUUUUAACAACAAAUAUGUCCUCCCUCCCAAAAUGACCUAAACCAAGCACUAAACCCGCCAUUAGAGAGACACCAUUAAAGCUUCAUGCACACCUUGUUGUAUAGUUUAGCCUAAACGUCACUUUGUGUACCCAACAUCAAAUACAUGUCUCAGAUAUUGCAAUGUAUAAAAUCGAGAACUUACUAAUACACGUCCUGUGCAGCUAUUAUCCUUAAAAGUCCAGUGUCUAAAGAGGAGUGCCAUCUAAUGGUGAGACUGGAGCAUGCAACAAACAUGUGCAUCAAGCACUAUGUUAACAUUUGCAUAACAGAAACUCUCUCUGCUGUUUUCUCAUCUCUUUACAUUGGUUUAUGUAGGCAAAGCAGUUUUUUACUUGCAUUGUGAGCUUCUGCUUAACAUGAAACACACAUCGGUUCAGGUUGUAGAGGAUGAAGAUUGCAGCUUCUGUAAGCAACCCUAUUGUCUAAAAGUACUUUUUAUUUUAUUUUACAGCUGUUAUACACUUAUACAGACACAAUCUGCCAAUAGACCCUCCUUAAAUGUUGCAUACUGAAUGUUUAAAUAUCAAACCAUUCGAUAUUCUUAAAAAAAACACUUUAUUUAACUAUAGUUUUUCAUUUACAAACUUGCUGACUUCAGCCUCAACCAAAGAUGAUUCAAGUGACAUCACACAAGGCUGUAAAGUAGUUUAUUUAAUAGGUUUAGUUUUUAAGCUAUGUUAUUAACUUUCAGAUUCACCAGAAUACUAUCAUUUCACACUCUCAGCUAAGAUAUAACUAUUGCACUUUUUAUGGCUAGGAAAUAUUAAUAAUCACAACUACAUUUGCAUUUUAUUAUACAUAUGUACUGUAUUUGCCGAGUCCUAACGAUGUUAGCUUUUUCAUACUAUAUGUGUUAAAAUACACACGUUUCAUUAAUUUAUCAUUAAAUAUGUAAAGUCUGA